GCCCGCAUGACCGACAUGUUUCAAUGGGAGCGUCAGCUAGCGUCAAGUACCGGCAGCUCGACGACAAGUACCAUGUUCAGGAGAAGCUCCAGACGAUCGAGACCAAGUGCAUGGUGCUGCUGCAUGACGCGGCGCGGCGCAGAGACUUGACACGGCACCAACUUCGCGUUCUCGUGGCCGAGUUGAAGGCGAAGGAGGUCCAAUUCGAGCAACUCGCCCACGAAAAGAUCUUGCCGAUUCUGAUGGCGCUGCAGCCGUAUUACGAUAAAUACCAACCGAUUGUGAAAAAAUAUGCGGCCGUCGGCGUCCGCCAUACGAAGCGUCUCGUCCGCACAGUCGACGAUGUUGUCACGACCACGACCCUCCAAGCGCUGUACCAGGCGAGGCGGCAAGUCGUGUCCCAGCUUUCCGUCGCCACCAUCUCCGCCUACUUUGACAUUCCACUGACAGAUGUCAUCCGUCUCAACGUGUCCAAGCGGCGGUACACCGUUCAAAACUGCGGCCCCGACCUCCGCCACCAAGAAAUCGAAUGGACAUGUGAGAUCACGGACCCAACGCUGAUUGAAAAGCUGUUCAAGCUGCAGUGGGUGCCGUGGAAGCCCACGGCGUCGACAGCCGUCAAACUCACGGAAACGUACAUGUUGGACGUGCAGUACUAUGCGCGCAAUGAAUACUCGAUCAAAGUGGCUCACCACACGCAGCUACGUGCAGGCCGCAAGUGGAUUGCUUUGGACUCACGGCACGACAACGUGUCGGCACCCAUCAAGUGGUUGCAGCGAGUGGACUACAAGGAACGCGAGAAGCGUAGCACGCUCUUCUACGACCUCAUCAGUCAAAUCUACUCUGACAUGCGCCGCGAGUACUUGUGUUCCCUCGAUCGCGAAGACGAAGCGCGCGCGGCGGCAGCGGCUGCCGCAAGACCACCGCCUCCAAAACUCACCGUGUUCACCCCCGAGCUCAUCAAGCGGACACUUGCAACGCUAGCGGACAAGUUCAUGGAGGAAGAUCGGUUUCUGUUCUACACGCUGGGGGAAUACGAAUGCUGGCGCAUGGAAGGAGAAGAUUUGAAGCAGCGGGGCGACUUGACGAUCGGUGAAAUGUACGAGCUAUUCGAGAUGGAGAAGCAGGACGACCGCCAGCGCGCGUUUGCGAUGGAGCUUGUUGAGCUCGGCGAACGAGUGGCCAUGGAAGUCGAGGACGUGAACCGAGGGGAAUCGAAGCACGAACGAGAGUGCGGCAUGAUGCACCGCCACGACAUCAACGUCGAAUCGGACGACGAGGACGGCUAGAUCGCGGCGAGCAAUCGUAAACACAACAAAGCGUUUCGG